AAGUGAUAUAGUCCCCGUUAAGUGAUAUAGUCCCCGUCAAGUGAUAUAGUCCCCGUCAAGUAUAGACCCCGAUAGUACGGACUCAUCCACUUAUUAACCACCAUUUUCACACAGACUGAGAAGGAUCAGAGAUGGAGAGUCACCUGAUCAAUUACUGCAGCAGCAACUCCACCUCACCCAUCUCGGAGGACCACCUUCAGUCACUCUACGAGGGCGUCUUUCAGGUGGUGUUCCCGACCUUGAUAGUGGUGGGCGUACUCACCAACUUACUCAACGUGACGGUACUAACGCGGCCCAUGAUGAGUAACAAGACCUAUAGGUGGCUGCGGUGUCUGGCUGUGGUAGACAUUUGUCUGUGUGUGCUGAGCAUCCCCAUCUGUCUGUCAAACGGUGGCCACGGCUCCACCCCCUACAGCACCGCCUUAUACUACGCUCACUUCGGGUGGUCCUCCAGCAUCGCCGCCCAGAUCCUCAGUUUCUACCUCAUGAGUUGGUUCGCCUACGAGAGGUUCCUGGCCGUGUGCCGUCACGCCGAGUACCGCAGCAGCCAGCGAUCUCGGUUGUUUAAAAGGCGUGUGGUGGGUAGUGUGGUGGGCGUGGUGGUGCUCUACCUGCCCACUGCAGUAGUGGGACAAGUGUGUCAGGUGGACGAUGGCUGGAUCCCUGUGGAUGGGUACUCCAUUGUCAAGUUACCUCUGUGGUAUUCUGUGUACUCGUGGGUCAGGGAGAUCUUUUCUCGUGUGGUCCCCGCCGCCGUCAUCACCUUCUGCAACGUCAAAAUCACUUACCGCCUCAAGCACCUCCGCAGCAUCCGCGACGGCUUCGGUAGCGGUGUGUCCCCCGCCAGGAGAGAGCGAGAACGUCGCCUGGUGCUGUUGUUGUUCUGGGUGACGGCGUUCUUCUACGUCUACAACACCCCCGUCACCGUGUACUACUUGGGCUUCUACGCUCCUCCUCCUCACCUUCGGGGCCAUCAGCAACGCCAGAUGAUGGGCAACGUGUCUAACUUUGUACUCUACUUCUUGAUCAACCCGGACUUCCAGCGUACGUUGAAGGUCAUGUUCCACCUCAGGGUGCCAGACAGUGCCAGUGCCAUCGACACAGGGACUUGUGACGUAAAGCAAUCCUCUAACUCCUUCCGUAGUUCCAUUCCCGGAUGUGGCACUACUACUGCUGCUGACAACUGUUCUGACUCAGGGCUACAACACGACCUCCCGCCCUCUGAUGCUCUGAAUAGCUACCACCCCAAUGAUAACGACAACAUCAGCUUGUAG